AUGCUUUCCGGAGUGCUUAGCGUCUUUCUUCUUUUACAGCUUACUCGAGCAGGUGCCUAUGAGCCUCCACCAAUCUCCUUCGGAGGCGUUUGUCCAGGAGGCGUUCCAUCUCUACCUAUUGACUGCGAUCCAAGGCGACCAUGGCCUCGGUGUCCCGCUCAGACUUACUGCUACGCAACUGACGCGGUCGAGAUGGGGCCUUAUUUCUGCUGUCCGAGUCCUUAUCCACAGCCAGCAUAUCCACAACCAGCAUAUCCACAGCCACCAUAUCCACAGCCAGCAUAUCCACAACCAGCAAUUCCACAGCCAACAAUCCCGCAGCCACCAAUCCUACAGCCAGCACUUCCACAAUCAUCAGUUCCACAACCUUCAUAUCCACAGCCAGCAAUGCCGCCGCCAAUCCCACAGCCAGCAGUUCCACAACCAUCAAUUCCGCAACCUUCAUAUCCACAGUCAGCAAUGCCGUCUCCAAUUCCACAGCCAGCAUAUCCACAGUCUGCAGUUCCACAUCCAAUAAAUGUCAUAUCAGAAGAAGAAAUGCAGAGAAUCAGCUCAGCUAUAAGCACCUGGUUGAAGAACCACGACAAUGUUGAAGUUGUUAAUCAGUAA